AUUCGUACAUACUCUCGUUAGCCGCAGCAUGUAUUAACAAACGGAGAGUGCGGGAUAACCGUGUCACCAGACCUAUUAUAGCUGAUCAUGCUUUCCACGAAGGUAUGUAUUUUCCACUUAUCGGUAAUAUUGCUUAAAUAAACUGCCUUUUAAAACUAAAUAAAUUUUACAAGAAUUGACGCGAUUUCACAACGUCGACGCACCCGAGGAGGAGGAUCGGUUGCUUUUAGAGUGCCUCAAUCGUGUAGAGGAGGAGAUUUACCCGGAGCCAAGCACCAGCACAGCGAUGAUGAUACAGUACGCUAACGAAAAAGUGCCAGGACCAGCGACAACGCUGAGCAGACGAACGGCUGAAGAAGAAGAAGAAGAAGAAACGCAUUACGGCACAUGGGGUAUUUGUCAUACAGCGUCGGAAAAAAAAAUGUGUUAUGCUAUUCAUACAUUUUUACAGAUGCAUUCAUGGCUAUAACGUCAGACGUCAGCAACGACGACGACGACCAGGAUGAUGUCGACGAUCGCUCCACCGCUUCCAACGAUUCUAACGAGCACAACCCAGAUUCGCUCGAUACGGCUAUAGCCAACGAUAGUCGCGAACCUAUUGUACAGGGUGACCUGCUACCACUGCAGGAUCAGGACAAUGCUGAAGAACCGAUACUAUGGGUUCUUAGGAACGGUGUGUACGUAGAGGCGGAUGCCGACAAGGCUGCUGAAGUAUUAGCAGACCUCGAUGAUGAUGAUGAUGAUGAGAAUCCAAACGACGCGGAUACAUACGAAGCAGGGGGUGAUGAAAACCAGUUAGACGCGCUAUUCUCAUACAUAGGCGAUAUGGUUGACGCACAUACAGGCCGGCAGUUAGCUCACAGGUGCAUGAUGAGCUCACCCACACCAGGGGCUAGCAACGUCACCGAUAAGAGCUAG